ACAGAACUUGCAUUUUCAAGCCGGGUCUGCUUGUGAAGCUGUAAUACUGCACUUUUUGGUUGCUCCCAUAUUCAGACCCUAAAGGCUGUGAAAAAUUCUGAAAACAUGAGACAACAUGCAUCUACUAUGACACACACAACUUCAGAUCAAUUUCGAUACACCCUCCGAGAAUAAAUAUGAAAAAUUAGGCUUCAGAUAAUACAAAAUUCAAAUUCAACUCCGAAUGAUAAUAUCCCAGGCCAAUACACUACGCCGAUGAUAAACAAUGUACACAUUUUGAACGACUCACAUGAGACGGUGCAAGAUUUUAUUGAUAGAGAAAAAAAAGUUAAGAUUAUGUCUCACAUUGUGUGUCAUGCAUCUUUAGAUUCAUAACUACAAUGAUAUCGUGUGCACUAGUAAAGGUGAGGAGGAUAAUUUCGAAUGUGAAUGUGUUUAUAAGAAUAACAAAUCCUGAACUAAUUAACAACAUAGCCAACCUAUCCGGCUUAAAAAAAGAUUUGUAAUCUCUUUGUUAGUUAAUCUCUCUCAAAUCCCCCACUUAUCUUAAAUACCCCACCAACGCCCCCCCCUCUUCCCUCCUCACCCCAAGUCCCAACCCAUCCAAUCCAAACGCGAGUGCUCGAUCGACUCGUCUCGCCACGCCAAUGUCCAUCACCACCACCUCCUCCGCGCCGGAGCAACUGCUCGACAUGCCGCCGUCGAGCGUCGCCGCCAAUGGCGCGCGCGCGGCGAGGCGGAGGCGGCGGCUGCUGCUGUUCGCCAACUACGCCGCACUGCUCGGCGGCUCGGUGGCGUCCAGCCUCCUGUCACGGUACUACUUCGCGCACGGCGGGCACAACCGGUGGGUGGCCACGCUGGUGCAGUCGGUCGGGUUCCCGUUCCUGCUCGUGCCGGUCUACGCCGGCCGGUCGCCGUCGCAGCCGCGGCCGUUCGCGUGGUUCACGCGGCGGCUGCUCGCGGCGUGCGUGGUCAUCGGCGUGCUCAUGGGCGUGAACAACCUGCUCUUCUCGUACAGCUCGUCGUACCUGCCGGUGUCCACCUCGUCGCUGCUGCUGUCCACGCAGCUCGCCUUCACGCUGGUGCUCGCCGCCAUCAUCGUGCGCCACCCGCUCAACUUCUCCAACCUCAAUGCCGUCGUGCUCCUCACGCUCAGUUCCGUGCUGAUCGCGCUCCGGUCGUCCGACUCGGGCGAGCAGCCCGGGGGCGGGAGCCGCGCGAGGUACUUCGUCGGCUUCGCCGUGACGCUCGGCGCCGCGGGGCUCUUCGCCGCGUACCUGCCGGUGAUGGAGCUGGUGUACCGCAAGGCCGUGUCCGGCGGGUUCCGCAUGGCGGUGGAGGUGCAGGUGAUCAUGCAGGCGGCGGCGACCGCGCUGGCGGUGGCGGGGCUCGCCGCGGCGGGCGGGUGGAAGGAGGAGCUCGCGCGGUGGGACCUCUCCCCGGCGGCGUACUGGGCGGUGCUCGCCGCGCUGGUGGCGACGUGGCAGGCCUGCUUAAUGGGCACCGCCGGGAUGGUGUACCUCACGUCGUCGCUGCACAGCGGCGUGUGCAUGACCGCCGUGCUCACCGCCAACGUCAUCGGCGGCGUGGUCGUCUUCCGCGACCCGUUCGGCGCCGACAAGGCCGUGGCCACCGUGCUCUGCGUCUGGGGCUUCUCCUCCUACCUCUACGGCGAGUAUACCACGCAGAAGAAGGUGGACGGCGACGGCAAGGUGGCCGCCGCGUCGUCCGCCGCCGCCGCCGCCUCCGCGGACAAGAUACCCACAGGUGGCGGCGCGGCAGAAGGCGACCCAGUACAUGAAGCCGUUUGAGCCAUCUAACCUUUUCCUUUCCAGGAAGAAGAAGAAAAAAAAAUGUCAAGCGAAGCACAUGGAAGAAAAAAAAAGGGUUUUUCAAUGGUAGCAACACUUCAAUCUGGUGAAGCUGCAGAAAUGCAUCAUGCAUGGCGCAUAAACUAAAAAACAUGCAUAUAUCAUGUAAGGCACAAGAGACAAAUGCUGCAUAUAUUUGUUGCACAUUAACAACGUACUGUCCAUGAGAUAUAUAUGCAGGGUUGGUGGCUGUGGUUUUGGUUUGGUUUAGGUGGCUACUGCCACUUGCUUGUGCUAAGGUUUAAGGUUUUGGUGUGGAGACAUGCAUGGAUGAAUAUAUCAAUGGAUAUUAUAAUGUGCUACAAGUACAUACAUACGACACCGAUGUAUGUUCGGUGUACUGUGUUUGUAAAUAUAUUUCCUGAUGGGCUAAUCAUGCAUUGCCUCAUGAACAGUUGCUUCCUUGGAAUUUUUGCCUUUUUAGGUGAGAUCAAUGUUAGAGGGUAGCACUGUGAAUCGGUCUCAUUUUGUGCACCUACAUGAACAGUAUCUCUAGCACUACAAUAAUGGAUACCCAUAUAUAUACACCUAGCUAUAUGAUCAUCUACUGUUGAGAUGAUGUGAUGUUACCGUGCCAUGCAUCCCCUAGGUUUGGAUCGUAACAUUUUUAGCAGUUCAAACAAUCUUUUUGCCAUGUCUCUGCUAUGAUCUGUGAUAACAGCAAUACAGUAGGAACACCACAUGCUCACUGUCAGCAACCAUCAUCAGUAAAUCUUGCAUGCA